AUGUUAUCGUGGAAUCUUUCCUGCUCUCCUUCUAGGGGGCUCGUGAGAUCUGCGCGCGUGCAAUUGCGACCAGCAUCGAUUCAUCCCCAGUCAUGGCAAAUUUCUCUGCGUAGCCGACUUUCACGGCACUAUUCUCUCGCUACCAACGAUAACUCAUCGCCUGAAAGAUCUCUUCAAGUUCCCGCAUCGCCUAGGUUCAACGAGAUCGGUGUUCAGCAGCUGAGCGAUUAUGUAUAUCCUCAAGUAUUUCCCAGCAAAGCUCGCGUACCAGAUCCCGAACUCGUUGCCUUGUCCAGAGACCACUUGACCAGACACGACCUCCUCGGAAAGUCCCAAUCAGCAGAUCCCAUCGCAUUUGAUCUGCCCCCUCUCCAUGGACAGACUCUGGAUGAGCAUUUCUAUAAGCUGGGCAUGGAUGCAUCGGAACCAUAUCUGACCUUCGCCAAGUCUUAUGCAGCCGUGAAUUGUCCCACAAAACCGCGCAAGUGGGUGAAACGCAGUGGAUGGACCAAAUACAACCCAGAUGGCUCUUCGGAGCCUGUGGAUGCUCCGGAUGAGGAGAUGCUCACAUUCGAUACGGAGGUUAUGUACAAGGACAAUCCUUUUGCAGUCAUGGCUUGCGCUGUCAGCCCGACAAGCUGGUAUGCAUGGCUCUCGCCGUGGCUUCUGGGUGAAACUGAGGAGAAAAUACACCUGAUACCGUUGGGCGACCCCUUGAAGCCCCGGAUAGUGGUAGGACACAAUAUUGGAUAUGACCGUGCCCGGGUCCUUGAGGAAUAUGACAUGCGCCAAUCGCACAACUUCUUCGUGGACACAAUGUCUCUUCAUGUCGCUGUGAAUGGAAUGUGUUCGCAGCAAAGGCCUACGUGGAUGCGUCAUAAGAAGAACAAAGACCUACGCGACAAAAUUGCCAGCGACCACAAUUCUGCCGAACUCGCUUCAUUGCUUGAGAAUAACAUGCUACGUGAGGAGGAGGAAGAAUUAUGGGUCGGUCGAAGCUCAGUGAAUUCUUUGCGGGAUGUGGCAAAGUUUCAUUGCGAUGUUACCAUCGACAAGGCACAGAGAGAUUUCUUUGGCGAGCUUGACAGAGAAUCUCUGUUGGCGAAAUGGGAGGAACUAGUGGACUACUGUGCUGCAGAUGUCGCCAUUACCCACCGCGUCUACCGCAAAGUUUUCCCCAAUUUUCUCGAGACUUGCCCCCAUCCUGUUAGCUUCGGCGCUCUGCGACACUUGUCCUCCGUCAUUCUUCCAGUCAAUCAAACUUGGCAAGAAUACCUUGCCAAGGCCGAGGAAACAUACCACAAACGACUCGAUGAUGUCCAACGGAAACUUGUUGAACUAUGCAACGAAGCUUUGAAGAGCAAAGAUCAGCCUGAUGUUUAUACAAGUGAUCCUUGGUUGCAACAGCUGGACUGGUCCGGCCAAGAGAUCAAAAUGGUGAAGGGAAAGAAGAAAGGCGAUCCUCCUCGCCCAGCGGCGCGUCAAAAGAAGCCAGGUAUGCCCAAGUGGUACAAGGAUCUUUUCCCCAGCAGCAAUGCGGACAUCAGUUUGACGGUGCGGACUCGAAUUGCGCCUAUCCUACUCAAGCUGUCGUGGGAUGGAUAUCCACUCAUCUGGUCUGACAAGCACGGCUGGACCUUUCGCGUUCCUCGUGACCAAGUUAAAAAAUACGAAAAUCAGCCAGUUGUACUUUGUGACAUGACCGAAGAGAAGUUUCAGCAGUUGCGGGACGACAGAAAAAACGUUUACUUCAAGAUCCCACAUAAAGAUGGCCCCCAGGCCAGAUGCACCAAUCCGCUGGGUAAAGGUUACAUGCAAUAUUUCGAACGCGGGAUCUUAUCGUCACAAUUCGAGCUUGCCAAGGAAGCUUUGGACAUGAAUGCCUCUUGCUCAUAUUGGAUCAGUGCUCGAGACCGGAUCAUGAGUCAGAUGGUAGUCUACCAGGACCAAGUCAAAUUGGCGGAUUCUGGAAGCAAGGAUGAGAACCGACUGGGGUUCAUCUUGCCCCAGAUCAUCCCAAUGGGCACUAUUACUCGUCGCGCGGUGGAGAAUACUUGGCUCACUGCAAGCAAUGCCAAAAGCAACCGAGUCGGCUCAGAGCUCAAGGCCAUGAUCAAAGCCCCACCUGGAUACUCGUUUGUCGGCGCAGAUGUUGAUUCUCAAGAGCUUUGGAUAGCCAGUCUUGUCGGUGAUGCAUCUUUCCAGAUACACGGAGGCAAUGCCAUCGGUUUCAUGACACUGGAGGGCGCCAAGGCUGCGGGAACCGAUCUGCACUCUCGCAGUGCGCAGAUUCUGGGAAUCUCCCGUAAUGAUGCCAAGGUCUUCAACUAUGGGCGUAUCUAUGGAGCAGGCGUCAAGUUUGCUGCUACUCUCCUCCGUCAAUUCAAUCCGUCAUUGACCGAGAGGCAAACACAAGAGACAGCGGCGAAUCUGUACAAGGAGACCAAGGGUAUACGAACUUCGCGUCGACUUCUCAGUGACUCCCCAUUCUGGCGAGGUGGAACUGAAUCAUUUGUGUUCAACAAGCUGGAGGAAUUCGCCGAUCAGGAAAAACCACGAACUCCCGCUUUGGGGGCUGGGAUUACAGAGGCCCUCAUGCGACGUUUCAUCAACAAAGGCAGCUUCAUGACAUCUCGCAUCAACUGGGCUAUUCAAUCAUCUGGGGUAGAUUAUCUCCACCUUCUCAUUGUCGGAAUGGAUUAUCUGAUUCGACGAUUCAACAUUCACGCUCGCUUGUCAAUCACCGUCCAUGAUGAAAUCAGAUACCUGGUCAAGGACGAGGACAGAUAUCGCGCAGCUCUAGCUCUGCAGAUCGCCAACGUCUGGACCCGUGCUCUCUUCUCACAGCAAGUGGGCAUCGAUGAUCUUCCUCAGUCUUGUGCUUAUUUCUCCGCCGUUGACGUUGACCAUGUGCUGCGAAAGGAGGUCGACAUGGACUGCGUCACACCUUCGCAUCCUGACAAGAUUCCUCACGGUGAAACUUUAGACAUUUCGCAGAUUUUAGAUCAAGGCCAGCGAGCUUUGCUGGAUCCUUCCAUCACACCGACAUCUUCUCCUCACCCCGAGAAGUACACCUACACGCCGCGAGAGUCCGUCAUGUCAACUUUCGAGCCAUCUGAUGUAGCAUUUAUCAAAGCCCAGAUCACCAAAGAUGACAAAGAGGUGCGCGACAUUAUCAAAGAGAAAACUCGCUCGGCCCCAGCCACCAAACCUUCAACUACACGCUCUUCAACCAAAAGUUCGGGCAAAACCAACGGCUGGGCUUCUGCACAACCCCAGAGUGCAGUCCUGAUGGAUAUGGAAUCCGGUCUAUAUCCCGAUUUUCGUACUCCCCCUCGCACUUCUACACAUGCAGGCAGGCAACCACAAGUUGGAUUCGAUCGAUCUACUUGGAAACCACGGCCAUUUGCUCGGGCCUGA